AUGUCUCCAAUUGUUGAUAAAGGUUUUUUAAACCCAAGAUCUUUUUGUGCAGUAAGAAGAUAUUCAGUUUGCUUUAAAUUCGGAAAUCCAGUCACAUAUGAUUCCAAUAUAUUCCUGGUGACAACAGCUUGUCCAAAAGUUAUUGUCAUAGAUAUAGCAACACUAUCAUUUUUUAUUAAGUUUGUCAAUUGUUCUUUACUUCAAGAAAAUACUUUGCUAACUAAAGUUUUUACG